AGUCAUUGACUGUAAAGCAGCUAAUCUCUGUUGCAGAUGAGGAUUACCCUACUUUUUCUCCUUCUCUUGACUGUGAUAAAUGGUUACAAAAUUGUGUUCUUCGUACUAGACAUUUCUACGAGCCAGGUGAUAUUCAACAAGCGGAUUGCUGAAACGCUUGCAGAUCGUGGUCACAAUGUGACAAUGGUUCUUGUAAAAGCGCUUGAUGAGACGCGGAAAAACGAAAUCCCGAUCAAGGAGAAUAUAAACUUGUAUAUCGUAAAUGGAUCCAUUGGAGUUACGCGAGAAGAGUUCGAAAAUCAGCAGAAAUCCGUUAUGUUUGAGGACUACUCUUUGUUUGACAGAAAAGUAUGGAAAUCAGCGCAGACUGGCAGACAAUUCAUAUUUGGAUCGUGCAGAAAUAUUCUCAGCAAUGCCGAGUUUCUUACUUGGCUUAAGGAGCAGCACUUUGAUCUAGCCUUCUUAUAUGCGUUUCAAGCUUGUCCAGUGGGACUCGUACAUAUCGGUCGCAUUCCAUCAUGGAUAUGGCUUAUCAGGUAG